AGCAUGAGCUUGCCUCUUACUUCGGCGGGCAAUGGAGGGGCUCACACGCAGCAUUCUCUCCCUCAAUUGCCCGCACACUCCCAGUCCGACACGCAGAUAACGGCCCAUCUCGCCAGUCGAUUCCAUCUGCAGCUCCAAGCCACCUAUCUUUCAUCCCAUGGAGUGGUCGCCGUAAACACAUUUACAUCGUCGACAAAGGGACCUGAUGGAGGCCGAGAUGGCAGCUCUAUGGCAGCUGCUGAGGACGUGGCUGACCGUGCAUACCUGCGUCUUGGCCACCGAUCUGAAAACCAAGCCGUUGUUUUCCUGGGAGAAUCUGGCUCCGGAAAGUCGACGCUCCGCAACCAUUUCGUUACGGCUCUGCUCAAGAAAUCAUCCACUCCCUUGUCGACCAAACUCUCGCUUGCCGCAUACGUGUUCGAUGCACUGACGACUACAAAAACCGCAACCACUCCAACUGCCUCAAGGGCUGGUCUGUUCUACGAGCUGCAAUACGACACUUCGGCGUCUACAAAUCCCAUCCUUAUUGGUGGUAAAGUGCUCGACCAUCGUUUGGAGAGGAGCCGAAUCACCGAUGUCCCGACUGGCGAGCGCAACUUCCACGUCCUAUACUACCUUGUGGCUGGCACAAGCGAGGCUGAGAGGGGUCAUCUGGGAUUCGAAAAUGACAAUGGCAGCAAGAGGUGGAAGUUUCUUGGGCAUCCAACCCAGCUCAAGGUGGGUAUCAAUGACGCCGAGGGCUUUCAGCUGUUCAAGACCGCAAUGAGAAAGCUCGAGUUCCCCAAGAAUGACAUUGCCGAGAUUUGCCAAAUUCUCGCUACUGUUCUUCAUAUUGGCCAGCUGGAAUUCGAGACUUCCAACAGCACCAGCGCAACUGGUGAUGAUAGUGGCGGCUUCUCUCAUGAGGGAGGUACCACCUUCACUGCUGUGAAGAAUAAGGACGUCUUGGCCAUCAUUGCUGCCUUCCUCGGUAUUAACGCCUCUGAGCUCCAAACCACUUUGGGCUACAAGACCAAGAUGAUUCACAAGGAGCGCGUUACCGUCAUGCUCGAUCCCAACGGUGCCCGCGCCCACGCGAAUGAGCUGGCUAGGACUCUUUACUCGCUCCUAGUCACCUGGAUCGUCGAAAAUAUGAACCAGCGUCUCUGCGCCCCCGAGGAGAGCAUUGCCAACACCAUCUCCAUUGUUGACUUCCCCGGUUUCGCGCAGGCGGCUUCCACGGGGUCGGCUCUGGAUCAACUCCUCGCCAAUGCCGCCAAUGAGGCCAUCUACAACAUGACUCUCCAUAACUUCUUUGAUCGCAAGGCUGAAAUGCUAGAGACGGAGGAAGUCACCGUGUCCGCAACGAGCUAUUUCGACAAUAGUGAUGCUGUCAAGGGUCUCCUGAAGCCUGGAAAUGGCCUUCUGAGCAUUCUCGAUGAUCAGACCCGUCGAAACAGGACUGAUAUGCAGCUACUCGAGAGCCUACGCAAGCGGUUUGAGGGAAAGAACCCUGCCAUCGAGGUUGGCUCCGCGACCGCCAAGCUGCCAGGUAGCAACUUUCACACUGAGAACCUGGCCGCAAGCUUUACAGUCAAGCAUUUCGCCGGAGAAGUCGAGUAUCCCGUCAGGGGCUUGAUUGAAGAAAACGGCGAGAUCAUCUCUGGAGAUCUCAUGAACAUGAUGAACAGCACAAAAUCGGAUUUCGUGGCCAAGCUCUUCGGCCAAGAAGCUCUGCAGACCGUCACCCACCCCCAGGAGCGCACAACUGUGAUGCAGGCUACAAUCAGCUCAAAGCCUAUGCGUGCCCCGAGUGUUAUGGUGCGCAAGGGUGCCCGCCCCAACAGGCCCAAUCCCGCCGGCCGCCGCCAGACGCAAGAUAACUUUGACGCAAUGUCACAGAGCAGCGACUCGCGUGAGCCCAAGCGAGGGGCGGCAAAGGCAGGGUCAGAACAAGGUGCCUCUGGCCAAUUCCUUUCAUCUCUCGAUAACGUGCAGAAAGCCGUCACGGACCCGGCCACCAAUGCCUACUUCUUCUUCUGUAUCAAGCCCAAUGACCGCCGCAUCGCCAAUCAGUUCGACAGUAAGUGUGUGCGAACGCAGAUCCAAACGUUUGGCAUUGCCGAAAUCAGCCAGCGUCUGCGUUCGGCUGAUUUCAGCUUGUUCGUGCCUUUUGGCGAGUUUUUGGGCAUGGCGAAUAGCGAGGCUCUGCUUGUGGGCAGCGAGCGUGAGCGGGCGGAGGCUGCAAUCGAUGAGAGGCAAUGGCCGCGUAAUGAAGUUUCUGUUGGUGCCACCGGUGUCUUCUUGAGCGAGCGUUGCUGGCUAGAAAUUGCCCAGCUGUCCUUCUCCAGCUCGGCAUCUGGCCGGGGUGCCAUGUCGGCAUUUGACAGCGAAGGGGGAGAUGGCCUCACACCUGGCGAUCAUCACGCGUUUGGCGCUUCCAAGGAGCGCCUCUUGUCUGCUGGGCACACCCCUAUGGGCUACGGUGAGAAGGGAAAGAGUGGAUACUUUGUUGCUGAUGAUACUCGCUCCGAGGCGGGUGCCUCGGCGUUUGGUGCAGGAGAUAUGUUUAAGAAUCUUGAUACCCGCGAGCAGAUGGCCGAGAGAGGCAAUGAAAAGGCCCUGGUUGAGGUUGAAGAAUACAAGGACAGCGCAAGCCGCAAGCGCUGGCUGUUCAUUGUGUACGCUCUCACUUGGUUCGUUCCCGACUUUCUCAUUAGGUUGAUUGGUCGGAUGCCCCGAAAAGAUGUGCGCAUCGCAUGGCGUGAGAAGCUUGCCAUCAACUUUCUUAUUUGGUUCUUUUGCUGUGUUGCUGCUUUCUUCAUCGUCGUCUUCCCCAUGCUCAUUUGCCCUACCCAGCACGUCUACAGUGCUCAGGAGCUGUCUGCUUUCGAUGGCAAGGCCAAGAGCGAGGGUGCGUACGUUGCUAUUCGUGGCAUUGUGAUUGACUUGGGAGCCUUCAUCCCCUCCCAUUACCCGAAUUACCUGAAGCAGCAGUCUCUUCUCAAUUAUGCCGGCAAGGACAUCACCAGCCUCUUCCCCGUCCAGGUAUCCGCUCUUUGUGACGGCGUGGACGGUGCAAUCAACAAGGCCGUCACUCUGGAUUACAAGACGACGAAUUUUACCGGAUCUCCUGCUCUUCUCAGCCUCACGGACCAGAACUCCAAGUACCACGACUUCCGUUACUUCACCAAUGACAGCAGACCAGACUGGUUUUAUGAGCAAAUGUACUAUCUAAAGUCAAACUUCAAGAAGGGUAACAUUGGCUACACCGCCAAAUAUGUGAAGUCGCUCGGCAAGCAGGCGCAAAACAUUGCAAUUUUGGAUAGCAAGGUUUACGACAUGACAACCUAUCUUGCCGGUGGUCGCCACCUGCGCGUUCCUCCUGGAGAAAAAAUGCCGACCAACAAUAGCCUUACCAACUUCAUGGACCCGUCUGUCGCAUCCCUUUUCCAGACGAACCCUGGUCAGGACAUCACCAAGUACUGGAACUCUCUGACGCUGGAUGCUACUAGCAAAACCCGGAUGAAGCGUUGCCUGGACAACUUGUUUUACGUUGGUGAUGUCGAUACCAGAAACUCUGUACGAUGUCAGUUUGCAGAGUAUCUUAUUCUUGCCAUCUCUAUUUUGCUUUGCUCAGUCAUUGGAUUUAAGUUUUUCGCUGCUUUGCAAUUUGGCGGUAAAAACGCCCCUGAAGACCUCGAUAAAUUCAUCAUGUGCCAGAUUCCCGCCUACACUGAGGACGAGGAAUCUUUGCGACGUGCCAUCGAUUCAGCUGCGCGAAUGAAGUAUGAUGACAAGCGCAAGUUGUUGGUUAUUGUCUGCGACGGCAUGAUUAUCGGUCAGGGCAACGACAGGCCAACGCCUAGAAUUGUUCUGGACAUUCUGGGUGUGUCCGAAUCUGUCGAUCCCGAACCUCUCAGCUUCGAGUCGCUUGGUGAAGGUCUGAAGCAGCACAACAUGGGCAAGGUAUACUCAGGUCUCUACGAAGUCCAAGGCCACAUUGUUCCCUUCUUGGUCAUUGUAAAGAUCGGCAAGCCGUCCGAGGUCUCUCGCCCUGGCAACCGUGGUAAGCGAGACUCUCAAAUGGUCGUCAUGCGAUUCCUCAACCGAGUCCACUACAAUCUGCCCAUGAGCCCGAUGGAGCUUGAAAUGUACCACCAGAUACGCAACAUCAUUGGUGUCAACCCCGCUUUCUACGAAUUCAUGCUCCAGAUCGACGCCGAUACAGUGGUUGCUGCGGAUUCCGCCACUCGCAUGGUUGCGUCGCUUAUCAACGAUACUAGCAUCAUUGCUGUGUGCGGUGAAACUGCUCUGACCAACGCCAAGGGCUCGUUUAUCACCAUGAUUCAGGUUUACGAGUACUACAUCUCCCACAAUCUGUCAAAGGCCUUUGAGAGUUUGUUCGGCUCCGUCACCUGUCUGCCCGGUUGUUUCUCUAUGUAUCGUAUCCGUGCUGCGGAGACGGGUAAACCCCUCUUCGUGAGCAAGGAAGUCGUUGAGGCGUAUUCCACUAUCCGUGUCGAUACGCUGCACAUGAAGAACCUUCUUCAUCUAGGUGAAGAUCGUUUCCUGACCACCCUACUGCUGAAAUUCCACUCCAAAUACAAGACAAAGUAUAUCUUCACUGCUCACGCAUGGACCAUCGCUCCCGACUCUUGGGGCGUCUUCCUAUCUCAGCGACGUCGUUGGAUCAACUCCACUGUGCACAAUCUGAUUGAGCUCAUCCCCUUGUCCCAGCUCUGCGGUUUCUGCUGUUUCAGUAUGCGCUUUGUCGUCUUUGUCGACUUGCUCAGUACUGUUGUUCAGCCCGUGACGGUCGCCUAUAUUGUCUAUCUGAUUGUGCGCGUGGUGCAGAAUCCCAAUGUCGUCCCCGUCACAGCAUUCAUUCUCCUGGGUGCUAUUUAUGGUCUCCAAGCUAUCAUCUUCAUCCUCCGUCGAAAGUGGGAGAUGGUUGGUUGGAUGGUGCUUUAUGUUAUUGCCAUCCCCGUCUUCAGCUUUGGUCUGCCUCUGUAUGCUUUCUGGAACAUGGAUGACUUUGCAUGGGGUAAUACGCGUGUUGUUGCUGGCGAAGACGGUAAGAAGGUCCUCAUCUCGGAUGAAGGCAAAUUCGAUCCUUCAUCUAUCCCGAAGAAGAAGUGGGAGGAAUACCAGGCCGAGCUCUGGGAGACGCAGACUUCGCGAGAUGACACGCGGUCUGAGGUCUCUGGCUUUAGCUACGGAACUAAGGCUCACGGCGCCAUGUCAGAGUAUGCCUAUCCCAGCCGGCCCGCCUCUACAACAGGCUUCAUUCAGGCAGCAACUCACGCUCAGCCCUAUGAAACCCGCAACAUGUCCCGCAUGUCCAUGGCGCCCUCCGAGAUGAACCGCAUGAGCCAGUAUGGUGGAUCGCAGUUUUUCUCUCCGGAGGACAUGGUUGGCCUUCCAAGCGAUGAUGCUAUCUUGGCGGAAAUUCGCGAGAUUUUGAAGACGGCAGAUCUGAUGACCGUCACUAAGAAGGGCGUGAAGCAGGAAUUGGAACGCCGCUUCGACGUUCCUCUUGAUGCGAAGAGAGCUUACAUUAAUAGCGCUACUGAGGCUCUCCUCUCUGGUCAAUUGUAGUACAAGGAAAAAAACAUAUCAAAGGAGCGGCGGUGACAACAAUGACCAUGACAACAUCCGAUCCACAAAUAGCUUUUUAAUCAUGAAGGGGUUUCUGAUUUUUUUCUUUUUAACUGGGGGUUGCUGCUUUUCUUAUCCAACAGGGUAAUCAGUCACAAAUCCUCCCACACAUUCACUUUCUCGUCAUUUGGCUCGAUUGGCCCAGACGAAGCGAAAAUUCGAAGCGAAAGAUUGGAGAAGAAGCGAGAACGUUGUAUGCAUCGUACGGGUUUUUAUUUUCAUAAUUUUUGGUGUUUCUAGGUUUAGAAUGGAUGAGGGAACGAGCCUUGUAUGUAUAUAUGUAUGAGCGCAUGUUGGAGUUUCUGAGUAAUCGAAUAUGUUUUUGACUGUGACUAUCUAUUACUUUGCUGCUCGUAGCCCGUCUCUUAUAGCGUUCUAUAUGAUUGAAUAUGAUUGAUUUUCUUG